AUGCUUAGCCUCAGCCUGGACUCUUGCUUGCACUACACUCUUUCCGGGCAAGUCUUUCUCGCCGAAUGCAAACAAGAGCCUGGACAUAUGGUGGCAGUGAAAUGUAUCGAUAAAAAAGCACUGAAAGGCAAAGAAGAUUCGUUGGAAAAUGAGAUUAAAGUGCUGCGAAACUGUGUUCAGCUGGCUCUCAACUUGGCUGCCUACGGCUUUUGCUUGCGUCUUGAAUUAAUCGCGCUUGGGAUGCCAUGGGCAACGAGCAAUUCCAAUCCUGUGCCGCCAACAAUUUCAAUCACCCCGUCACGUGCAAGCCAUUUAGUUGAGCCCCAAACGGUAGAGCUGGCAAAAACUUGGGAGAAAAGCGGAAUACUGUUAAGUUAUUGA